UCUCUCUCUAUCCCUCUUUAGGAAAGAGAAGGCAGGAACAAAGCAAAGGCCUCGCAGUGUUUUCGUAUCCUUUUCUCACUCUACAAAUCCAACGCUCUUAUGUGAAACUCUCUCUGUUUCAGAGUUCCGAGAGCAGCAGGUUUUGAGGUUUCAUGCCCCCAAGCAAAUAUAAGCUAAGCUGGAGUGUUGUUUUUAUUUCGGUGUUUAGUAGUUUCCACACUCUUUAGUUAUGGGGAAUGCUUGUUGUGUUGCUGCUCAUGACAAAAUGGUGGUUCCUAAUACAUCAUCAGCUGUCGAGGGUUUGCGGAGAAACAAUGUUAGGGAUUCUCCAAGUUGGAGCUUCCGGUGGGAUAAUAGAGGACGAGUGGCUGGUGAAGACACCUCUCUCAGUUGGUUAUCUGAUGGGAUUAGUCGUAAUAAUGAUGGGUCUGAUGUCAAAUCCGAAUCUGCCUUUGUAUCAUCAUCACAAGGCUCUCCUUUGAACAAUUUCCAGACUCAUCAGUCAUGGCAAAAGUCUCCUGCUUCUGAUCAAUCGUUUUCAAGAAAUGCAUCCAUGGACACCGUCUCUGAACAGAUCUCUCAGAAUCCUGCUUCUUUUCCAUUUCCUAAACGGUCUGUUUCAUUGGCUUCUCAACCAUCAUCCUUCUCGGCAUCUCCCCUAUCUUCCCAUAGCCACUUGCCAACGCCACCUGCUAGUUCAUCGACGCUGAAAUCAUCGACACCACGCACUCGUCUAUCGAAACAAGUCUCGGAUAGUCAAAUCUUGGGACUUAACUCACCAAGCAGAAGCUCAGCAACUGAAGAGAGGCUGGGAAACGAGUUCCAUUCCGGGCCGUCUGAUGCUUGGUCCAUGCAAGCCUUUUCAGAAAUGAUGGCGUAUUCUCGCAGGGAGUCUUGCUCCUAUGAUAACGAGGGCUUAUCAGGGCUUGGACGUGGCAAGAUAGACCAUCAUGGAAACAGAAAGUCCAGUGAUCAUCAGCAAACCUGUGGUGCUUGCUCUAGAUCCUUGUCUCAAAGAUCGUUGCUGAGUGGCCAAAAGAUCUUUGCCACCAACGAGCUCUCUGUAGCUGCGAUUCUAGCUUGUGGGCACGUCUAUCAUUCCGAGUGUUUGGAGCAGAUGACACCUGAAACCGACAAAUUCGACCCUCAGUGUCCCGUCUGCACAUUGGGUGAGAAAAGAACAUUCAAGCUGUCGGAGAAGGCAUUAAGGGCGGAUUUGGAUUUGAGAGCUAAACACAGCAAGAUACUAAGGAAACAUGUUGUGGACAGGGAUGACUUUGUCAUGUUUGAUCAUAGGCCCAAUGCAGCAGCAGCAAGCGGUAGUGGUGGACACAAAGGUAAAGUCUCCAAGCUGGUAACAAGCUCAAGCUUAAGAAGUUAUUCACCAAAGCCUUUCCUUGCAAGACACUUCUCUUUCGGGUCCAGAAGUAACAGUAUCAAAUCCCCUAAAGAGAAUCAUUCGGCGAGGAAGAAAGGAUUCUUCUGGACCAAAUCUAGCAAACAUUGAAACUGUAAGCAUAUCUCCCUCUACAAGCAAGCAUCUUCACUUGUGAGUAAAGUCACAAGUUGAAUCUUUGUCCCAGAUUUUCUUUGCUGAUGUUUCUCUCCGUAAGCUUUGGCCCAAGCAGCGUUACGGAUACUUAUCAACAAUACACACUUGUUUGUGUAAUAGAAUUUUCUCGCAAAUCAAAACACACUUUCUACAAUUUUUUUUUCCUUCUACAUUCCAGAAUUUUCACACUUGUAAAUAUAAUAAUUAUACUCAAUUUAAGAGAACAAAUUAAUUAUCAGAAAAAGUAUUUUGAUACA